AUGUCGAGGCUCUCCAACAGUCUGAAGGCAUUGAUCAAUGCCCCUGCCGCACGUCCGUCUACCGUGCCGGCUCCGCCUAACAUCUCUUCGGUCUUCCGCAAGAUCGCGCAGACCGCCCAGGCCAAGAAUGUCUCGCAGCCUUCAUGGCUCGCGCUGUCUACGGCAGCAACAAUGACCAUGAACUCGCCCGAGUCCCUGGCCGCCCUGUACCAACUGGCCUCCAGCACAUCCCCCAACCACGUCGAGACCGCCGAACUCAUGCGCGAAGUCGGCCUCAAGUGCAUCAGUUUCAACGGUAUCCCUCGCACAAUCAACUGCCUGGGCGCCUUCAAGGCCAGCCUCCCCGAAUCCAUCAGCGCCCAACUCUCUUCCACCCCCACCCGCGCCCCAACCCCCGAGAACAUCUCCGCUAUCAGCGAGCGUGGCCGCGCCCUCUGGACCUCCAUCUACCGCCCCUUCGAGAACAAGCUGUACAACAAGCUCGCUGACUCCCACCCGGAUCUGCCGGUCGUCAUCCUGAACAGCCACUACGGGUCCCUCCUCUCUGACCCCGCCCGGGACACCGGUGCGGCGGCCGGCCGGGUGCUGACGUCCAUCGUUGCCGUGGCAUGUCUGCGCGCGCAAACUGGCGUGGGCCCUCAGGUGACGUCGCAUGUCUUUGGACUACGUAAGGCUCUCGAGGAUGGGUCUUGGGCUAGUGAUGUGGAAAGCGAAGAGGGUGCCCGCUGGUUGGCUAGUGAUGAGGGUAACGAGUGGAUUUUGAAUAGCGUUGAUUCUAUCGUUGAGGCCAUUAGCCAAGGCUCCGGCUCGACAUAUGCGCCUGGAAAGGCUAAGUUGUAA